AUGGCGACCCUCAUCGCACUCAUCGUCCUCGUAGGCCUCCUGGUCUUUCCCUUCUACUCGGCGUACUGCAUCUACAAGCCUCCGCGCUUCCUCAUCGGCUGGCUGCGCAGGAAAUAUCCCGACGUUCUCUUCGAGGAGACGACCGACCAAAAGAUUAUCGCUCUAUCCAUCGACGAUGCGCCCUCCGCACACACGGACGAGAUUAUGCAGGUUCUACAGGAGAACGAUGCACACGCCACCUUCUUUGUCAUAGGGUCCCAGGUCGAGGGUCGCAAGGAUAAACUGGUCAAACUGGUCAAGAACGGCCACGAGCUGGGCAACCACGCCAUGCAUGAUGAGCCUUCGAGGUCACUCAGCAAUGAACAGCUACUGAAGGAGGUUCACAUGGUCAAGGAGAUGUUGACAGAGGCGUAUGCGGCCAAUGGAAAGAUCCUCAACAACAACUACUUCCGUCCCGGCUCGGGGCUGUUCAAUUGGCGGAUGCGUGAUGUGCUGGGAAACCAGGGCUUUCGCAUAACACUGGGGAGUGUUUACCCACACGACCCCCAGAUUCCUUACCCCGACACCAACGCCAAACACAUCUUGAGCAUGGCUCAUCCAGGUGCUAUCAUCAUCUGCCAUGAUAGAAGAUCGUGGACACUGCCCAUGCUGCGUAUCGUUCUUCCCGAGCUUAAGCGGCAAGGGUACAAGAUUGUCACCAUCACAGAGCUCGUGAAAUCCGUGUCGUCACAGAACCUGAUGCAGUGA